AUGCGUCUGAAACAGGUUCCCGUGGAUUUCGAAGCGGAAUUCGACUCGGAGGGAAGAAUCUGGUGCACAUGUACGCUGUGCAAACAGAACAAGGAUGGGGGACGGUACGUCAACGAACGCACCAGGAGAAAGCACCUUGAGAAAGAGAGAGCACCUGCAGCUGCUGUCAGUUCACAUGCUCGAACAUCUGCAGCAGGAGCCUUAGUGGAGAGAGAAAUCCCAAACGCAGAGACAGAGCUUCGAGUUCCAGCAGGGCGCUCUGAAGCAAACCAGGCCAAUCUUCUGGCUGGUAACGUGGAAUUUGAGGGGGAAGGGGGGCUAGAUGGUGCAGAGCCAGGGACACGAGCUGAAGCAGCGCAUGCGCGAAGAGAGGGUGGGAGAAACGGAACAGAAAGGGCAGGGAUUGGCAGCUGGUUUGGCCAGUUACCGGACUUUGAGGCUCCUGCUGUAGACGAUGACCGCGAGCAUGGCCAGGGGGAAGAUCCAGGGCAAGCGGGUGGUCCAGGGUCUGCUCUUGAGGAGAAGCUGCUCGAUGCGAUCGUCGACCUGCAGAGGAUUGGAGAGCAGAGUGCUCUCAGCAACGCAGUCAUGGACAAGCUGCUCAAGACGUGCAUCGGCGCGAGCGACUCCUUCGCUGCGGCAAUCGACCCUCGGUGGAAAGAGACCAUCACGAGGCUGGCUCUUCCUCAAUCGCAUGCUCAGGUAACUGCCUACCUGGCAAGGUCGUCACGUGAGCUGGGCGAAGCACAGAACUGGCGCUGGCACCCGGGCCCCAAAACAGGAGAGAACAAGGGCCACUGGCACCUCUUCGCCCCGAGCGCCGAAGACUGCAGAACGACUCCCUGUCCCGAAUGCGAAGAGGGGCCGCGCAGGCCAGCGUGGCGCGACUGCCCCGUGCACCAAGAGAAGUGCCCGGACUGCGGCUUCCGGCGGCGGGACGCGUACGAGCUGCCGUACAUAUCGCCAGAGCUGCACGCGCGCGCGAAGCUCACCACGCUGGAAGGCUGCAAAGACGCGACGGUCCGGGGGGCUUGGGGACAGCGGGAACAUUGGCUGGGGCAACCGAAGGGGGGGGUUUUCGAGCCGCAGUCGGAAGUCUGGGACGGGGAGCGGUGGCGAGACGACGCGGCGUUCUUCGACCCCGAGUCCAGCUUCCUUCUUCCGCUGACGUGCCCGGAGUGCUGCAGAAGCCGGAAAGUGCAUUGCGCCAAGACGUUCAGCCCCCCCUGGUUCACCCGGCCGACCCUCCAGAUGUGGGUCGCCGAACGGCAGCGCUUCGAAGCGCUGUGCCCCAUCUGCAAAACGGAGAUGACGGCGACGCUGUCAGACCUGGCGAGACGGGGGGACCCGAGGAACUUGAAGCUGGGGCUGCAUCAGGACGGGUUCCCGACGGCAACCACGUCGAGCAAGUCCAGCUGCAUCCUGGACGUGUUUCCAAUGACGGUCUCCAAACGCAAUCUGCACAGGGGGACGGAGGACUGGCUGUGGCCGUUAAUGUUGCCCCAAAAGACGAAGAUGGUCGCCGGCCCCGACUGUUACGACCCCUUCAUGCUCGCAUUCGUGCUGGACGCCCUGCGCCUCUUCAAGGAGGGCAUCCUGGUCAACUACGCCCUCCCUCCCAACGAGAUUAGCCCCAAACUCCCCCCUCAGAACGGCCCGGUUAGGAUCCGGAUGAUAGUCUCGAGCGUGUUUUCAGACCUUCCGGCCCUGGCGGAUAUGUUGAAGUUCAAGCUGGGGGGAUACUGGGUUUCGCGGAGCUGCAAGCACCAGGCUACGCGCUACAACGACGGGAGGCUGGUUUAUCAAGACGGCCGGCGGCUCGCGCGCGACGGGUGCGAAGAGAAGACGAUGGAAGAUGUCGCGGCCGCAAUGCUCGAGCACCUAGGGGCGAGGUCAAAGGCGGAGCGGAAUCGGAUCAACAAGCGGACGGGCUUCAAUGGGUUCUGCAUGCUAUUGAUCCUGUGGGCGGCGUACGGUCUGCACCUGUUGCUGGACAUAUGCAGCGACUUCCUGCACUGUGGCCCCGAAAACAUGGUGAAGCACCUGUUACAAGACUUUCUGAACGGGGUCACUUCAAAGCAGGGCGACACGACGUUCAGUUUAGAACCUCCCCGGGCCGAUAAAGAGGAUUUCGGCAAGCGGCUGGCGGGCAUCAGACCCACCCGGAAGCUCGGCGACGGACGGUGGCCGGCAGACCCGGAGAAGCGGCCGCUGGGGUGGUGGAAGGCGGAGGAGCACAUGAAGGCGGCGACGGUCUGCUUCGCCACCGCGUUCGCCGACGUCGCGACGGAGGACCCGGAGGGGUACGCGAUCGUGCAGCUGGUGGCGUGCAUCCACACGCUCGUGUACUUGGUCGGCACGCGGGGCGGGUGGACGAGCAAGCUUGCGUGCGUGUUCCAGCAGCUGCUCAAGGCGAAGCUGGUCCGCGCGGAGGAGUACGCGCUGCCCAAGCUGCGCCCGCUCGAUCACGAGACCUGCCUGCACAUGCCCACAAACGUGCGCAUGCACGGCCCGCCCGACGCGUACUGGUGUUACGCGCAAGAACGCAAGAUCAAGCAGCUGGUCAACACCAAGCACAACUGCAAGGAGGUCGAGAGUACGCUCCACAAGCGGGCGCUUUUCUGCGUGAGGAUUGCGUGGCUGCUCCGAAAACGACGCGAAGAGCGACUCCGUGCCGCCGGACGGUCAGCGGGCGACGACGUGUGGGCGCGCGCGCGCGCGCGCGAGUCGGAUGGGGUCGUCUUCGCCGCGUCGCAGACAGAAGCCGCGACCUACGUGGAGCAGCUGGGGCUCGAGCGGCCGCGCGAUGCGCGCGCGUCGGACGAGCAGAUACUCGCGCGCGUGCGCGAGGAGGGUGUGGCGGUCGGGCAGUUGCCGGAAAAGUGGGAAACGCGGACGCGCCUGCGACUGGAGAACGUGCAGCGCGUCGCCGUCGAGCGCAUCUUUGACGGAGAGGCGCGGGCGGCCGCGAGGACGGGGGAGCGGUACUACCGAGUGGAUCGUCGUACGCUCGGCGAGAACAACUUCGCUCCGGGCGACCACGCCGUGCUGGCCCCGAAAGCUGCGGACGAGUCGGAGGAGUACGUCCUGGUGGAGUCGUUCUUCACCGCGAAGCCCAAGAACGGCCCCCGGCGGAUCUUCUUGGAAUACUCGCGGUUCCGCAUCCAGCGCGACGCGGAGACGGGGCUUCCCCUGGGUGGCAGUCCGCACAACUGCCUCAUGCUCGAGCCCCUGAAGCCAGGCCAGAAGCGCGUCCGGCUGGCUUGCCACUUGCGGAGGCACUUCAUCCCGGUGCCCGCCCUCGGCGAGACGCUCUGCACAGGGGCGAGUCACGUGAUCGAGGUGGCGCCGAGCGGGCUGGGGUUCGAGGCGCACGACGUGUGGGUGCCGGUCUUACCCCGGGUCGGGGACAUCGUCCGAGUGGAGGUGUUAGAGGACGCGGACGUCCGGAAAGAGGGUGUAGAAGGGCAGUGGGGCUACGGAGUCCCGUACGGGGUCCUCAAGUCGGUGAGGCCGGGCUGGUCCUUGGCGUACGCCAUCGUGCGGAAGGUCAGCUCCGGUGGGGGAAGGAAGGCAGCCCUCCAGUGGCUGAAAAGAUGCGGACCACCUGCACCGGACGGGGGGGAAGAAGACUGGACGCCCUACCCAGUCGAGGGAGAGAUGGACGUCGACAGCGACGCCGAGAGAGACGAGGAGAGUGACGCUGAGAGUGACGGGGAGGCACGCGCCUACGAGCUGAAGACGGUGACCUGGAACCAGAUAAAAGACCGCGUGGAGUCGGUGAAGAUGGUGGAGGACAGGCAGCGGGGCCAGAUCUACACGUUCAAGGCGCUGCCGCCCGUACGCAUCCGGAUCUAG